GUAUUUGCCCUCCUCUACCUUCGCUCUUACUCACUCGCUCAGUGAACUUGUAUCGCCUCGCUCGCUCCUCUGUUUUUAUCCUUUUCGGUCAAAGGUGAAGGGCUAAUUACAGAUUUAAUUGUUAAUAAUAUGGCCACCAAGAUGGAACUCAGUUUGGACGACAUUAUCAAAACCACCCCUGCCAUGAGGAAACGUGGCGGAGCUCGCGGGGCAGGAAGAGGCCGAAUGAGUGGAGGUCGUGGGGGUAGAGUUACCGGCGGGGCUGGAGGGGUCAGAGGAGGACUUAGAAGGUCGCUCGGAGGUGGGCGUGGUGGAGGUCGAGGCGGUGGUGGAAGAGUUGGAAGGGGUGCCGCUGAGGGGAUGUGGGUACACGACAAAUUUCAGGGAGCAGGAGGUGCACGUGUGGCAUUAACGACAGCGGGAGGAAUAUCUGGGGGAGGAUCAAAAAUCACUGUCAGUAAUCUUCAUUAUGGAGUUUCAGAUGCAGAUAUCAUUGAACUGUUUGGAGAAAUUGGACCUAUCCGAUAUGCAUCAGUACACUACGACAGAAGUGGGAGGUCCAUGGGCAAAGCAGACGUUGUAUUCGAACGCAGAAACGAUGCCCAAAAUGCCAUUAAUCAAUAUAAUGGGGUUCCCUUGGAUGGUCGCGCCAUGAGCAUCACAUACGCGAAUGCAGCCCAAGUCACAGUGGUCGCCACAAGUCCCCGAAACUUGAGACAAGUUCAAGGAGGAAGAGUCGGUCAACCUCGACGAAUGAACAGCCCUGUCAAACGUGGAGGAGCUAUUGCAGGUCGGCGAGGAGGUCGAGGCGCCGGCGGUGGGACGAGAGGGGGUGGACGUGGUGGAAAAACCAAAGCCCCAACAGCAGCUGAACUCGAUGCUGAGCUGGAUGCAUACAUUACGGCAAAAUCGGGAUAAAUGUCUAAAUUAAAUGAUCUACUCUUCUUAUUUGUUAGUAAAUUGGAAAAAUUUGCGUAAAAAAGAGUCGAAUUGUUUUUAGUAUCAAUACGCUAUUUCAAAAGCUAUUGUUACCGUUAUUAACAUUAUUAUUAUACUGUUUACAAUGUGUCAGUCAGUCUUGACCACAGAAUGCUAGGCUUCUGUAAUAACGAGAAAUGAACUCUAUCUAUCUUAUACUUUGUCGUAAAAAAAAUCUAAGGUUUUCACAAUUUUCAUUUACUUAUUAUAUAAUAAUAAUACUUGUAUACAUACACACACAAAUGAAUCCAUUAAUAAAAUGGUAUCACGUUAUUUGUUAUUUAAACCAA